CCCUGGGCCCGGCGCCGCGGUGUAGUCAGCCUAGCCGAGGGGGCGCCCGGCCGCGGGGACCCAGCCCCCCGAGUUUCACCCCCCAGGUUGUGGGGGGAGCGCAGAUUCGCCUCCCCAUUGGCACAGAUGGCAUUUCCCGGGCCUGGCACGAACUCCAGAGCCAAACGGAUCCGCCCCGUUCCGCGGGCGACCGGGUGGCUGCUCUGUUAAACUUGCGGUGACAUUGCAUUGCUGCGUUGUGCGGAGAGAGAACCGGAAGCCCUCGCCCCGGUUGCUGCCACCUAAACUUAUUACGAACUUGAGGGCUGCCUUUGAAAGAAUUCAUGGGAAGUUACGACAAGUUGGCACCUGGGUGUUCCAUGAAGGUGCAGGGAGCUUGUGGUUAGGAAACGCGAGACCUGGGUUCAAGUUGGACUCUUUACCUUGGCCAGCUGGUGACCUUGGACGAAUCGUUUAACCUCCCUGACCCGCCAUUUCCUCCCUUGCACGCAGGCAGUCAUAAUGCCCACCUCGCCUGGUUGGUGGUGGUGGAUUAAGUAGGAUAAAUGAUGUGGAGGUGUUUGGCUCUGUGCCCGGCACAAAGCAAGCGAGCAGUUGGCGUGAUGUGAUUUUAAUUCAGUUAGAGACCCUCGUGGCUCCCAUUUCGUCAGGAAAUUAGAAUUAGGCAAGCAUCUUCGGAGCCUGUGUCUGUGCCCCGGAGAGAACGUCUGCUGAGGCUUUGGAAAAGCAACUCAACAGAGCGGCGGGGAGCAGAGAGCCUCUCGGUUAAAGGCAGUCCGGAGUUGAGAAACUCCAGAAGUUGACACUCGGGCCCCACUUACAGAAAGAACUGUUUCUGCAAGACGACCCGCCUUGCAAAUGUGGAAACGGACCGAAUUGGAAAGCCUGUCUGGGAAGAUGCCGGUGCUGCAGAGCUCCCAUGCCUAACCUUAAGUACUUGGAUCAGGGUUUGUCGGCUUCUCACAGCGGGUUACUCAGCGGUCGUUAUGACCUCCCGGUUACGUGCGUUGGGUGGAAGGAUCAAUAACAUACGAACCUCAGAGUUACCCAAAGAGAAAACCCGAUCCGAGGUCAUCUGCAGCAUACGGUUUUUAGAUGGCUUGGUACAGACCUUUAAAGUUAACAAACAAGAUUUGGGCCAGUCACUCCUGGACCUGGCAUAUGGCCACCUGGGCGUGACGGAGAAGGAGUACUUCGGCCUGCAACACGGCGAGGACCCAGUAGACUCCCCUAGAUGGCUUGAGGCAAGCAAACCCCUCAGGAAGCAGCUCAAAGGAGGUUUCCCCUGUACCCUGCAUUUUCGAGUAAGAUAUUUUAUACCUGAUCCCAACACACUGCAGCAGGAACAAACCAGGCAUCUGUAUUUCUUACAACUGAAGAUGGAUGUCUGCGAAGGAAGGCUAACGUGCCCUCUCAACUCAGCGGUGGUCCUGGCCUCCUACGCCGUACAAUCUCAUUUUGGAGACUUUAAUUCGUCCAUACACCAUCCGGGCUACCUCGCCGACAGCCAGUUCAUACCAGAACAGAACGAUGACUUUUUAAGCAAGGUGGAGUCGCUCCACGAGCAGCACAGUGGGCUAAAGCAGUCAGAAGCGGAGUCUUGCUACAUCAACAUAGCCCGGACCCUAGACUUCUACGGAGUGGAGCUUCACGGAGGCAGAGAUCUGCACAAUUUAGAUCUAAUGAUCGGAAUCGCUUCUGCGGGCAUCGCAGUGUACCGAAAAUACAUUUGCACAAGUUUCUACCCUUGGGUGAACAUACUCAAAAUUUCUUUCAAGAGGAAAAAGUUCUUCAUACACCAGCGGCAAAAACAGGCCGAAUCCAGGGAGCAUAUCGUGGCCUUCAACAUGCUAAAUUACCGAUCUUGCAAAAACCUGUGGAAGUCCUGCGUCGAGCACCAUUCAUUCUUUCAGGCAAAGAAGUUACUACCUCAGGAAAAGAAUGUCCUGUCUCAGUACUGGACACUAGGCUCCAGGAACCCCAAAAAGUCUAUAAAUAACCAAUACUGCAAAAAGGUGAUUGGAGGAAUGGUGUGGAACCCAGCCAUGAGGAGGUCCUUAUCGGUGGAACGGCUAGAAACCAAGAGCCUGCCCUCUCGGUCCCCACCCAUCACCCCCAACUGGAGAAGUCCUCGGCUCCGGCACGAAAUCCGAAAGCCCCGCCACUCCUCCGCGGACAACCUCGCCAGUGAGAUGACCUACAUCACGGAAACGGAAGAUGUGUUCUAUACCUACAAGGGAUCCCUGUCCCCCAAAGACAGCGAUUCCGAAGUUUCCCAGAGCCACAGCCCACACCGAGAGAGUUUCUCCGAAAACAAGUCAACACAAAGCUGCCUGAACCGCAAGUCAUCCAGUUCAGUGUCGCCUUCUUCAAACGCUCCCGGCUCCUGCUCCCCAGACGGAGUUGACCAACAGUUCCUAGAAGACUACCACAGGAUGAUCAAAGGGGGCUCCGUCGAGGAUGCCAGCCAGUACUACUGUGACAAGAAUGACGAAGGAGAUGGCUACCUCGUCCUGAUCCGUAUCACCCCAGAUGAAGAUGGAAGAUUUGGAUUUAAUCUUAAGGGAGGAGUGGAUCAAAAGAUGCCUCUUGUGGUCUCCAGGAUAAACCCAGAGUCUCCUGCGGACACUUGCAUGCCUAAGCUGAACGAAGGGGAUCAGAUCGUGUUGAUCAAUGGCCGGGACAUCUCGGAGCACACUCACGACCAGGUGGUGAUGUUCAUCAAAGCGAGCCGGGAGUCCCACUCGAGGGAGCUGGCCCUGGUGAUCAGGAGGAAAGCUGUGCGCUCGCUGGCGGAGAUCAGAGCGGAAGAUGAGCUGAGUCAGCUUUUCCCAGAAGCCAUGUUUCCCGUCUGUCCCGAGGGUGGGGACAGUCUGGAGGGAUCCAUGGAACUGCUGAAGAAAGGUCUAGAAAGUGGUACACUGCUGAUCCAGUUUGAGCAACUCUACAGAAAGAAGCCGGGCUUAGCUGUCACGUUUGCAAAACUGCCUCAGAAUUUGGAUAAAAACCGAUACAAGGACGUGUUGCCUUAUGACACCACCCGGGUAUUACUGCAGGGAAACGAAGAUUAUAUUAACGCGAGUUAUGUGGACAUGGAGAUUCCGGCAGCCAACCUUGUGAACAAGUACAUUGCCGCUCAGGGACCCCUGCCACACACCUGUGCACAGUUUUGGCAAGUCGUCUGGGAUCAGAAGUUGUCUCUUGUUGUCAUGCUGACAACUCUCACAGAGCGAGGGCGGACCAAAUGUCACCAGUACUGGCCGGAUCCCCCUGACGUCAUGGACCACGGCAUCUUCCAUGUCCAGUGUCAGGCAGAGGACUGUACCAUUGCUUACGUGUCCCGAGAAAUCCUGGUUACAAACACUGAGACCGGGGAAGAGCACACGGUGACCCACCUCCAGUACGUUGCGUGGCCUGACCACGGCGUGCCCGACGACUCCUCGGACUUCCUGGAGUUUGUGAAGUACGUGAGGUCCCUGAGAGUAGACGGCGAGCCUGCCCUGGUCCACUGCAGUGCUGGAAUAGGACGGACAGGUGUGUUGGUCACUAUGGAAACUGCCAUGUGCUUAAUUGAGAGGAACCUGCCUGUUUACCCACUGGACAUUGUCCGGAAAAUGAGAGAUCAGCGCGCCAUGAUGGUGCAAACGUCAAGCCAAUACAAGUUUGUGUGUGAAGCGAUUCUUCGGGUGUAUGAAGAGGGCUUAAUCCAGAGGCUGGAUCCCAGUUAGGACAACUGUGAAGCGUUCGUUCGUUCCUCGUUCCCCCGUGAGGCCCCGCCCCCACCCCACCCCAGGGAUGCUGGCCGCUGUGGGAAGGGAUGAGCUUAUCCGAACCUAGGCACUUUAAAUUUCUGUGGAAAAGGGUAUCCUGUACAUAGGAACUGCUGAUGUAGAUAAUGCAUGCCGCUAUGACGCCUUUGGACCCACAGAGAUAAGCAACGGGGGAUCUCCGACCAGGAACCGCCACCGCUGCGUUUCUCCCUCCAUGUCGUCGACGCCCUGCCACCGGCCGUCCUCGGGCAACGAGAGGGGACGCGCAUCAGCAGGACUGUGGACUCUCCUCUCCCACCAGAAGCCAGACAAGAGUGGCUACUUUGUGGUUGCUCGGGUGUGUCUGUGUGUUGAUCUGUGUGGGACUGACUCCAAGGGCUGAACCUCCUCGGCAACUGGUAUCCAUUACCCCUGACCCCAAGGGAAACUCAGAUGAAUGUACCGCAGGCAGGGCACAAGGGACUUUCAGACUGGAGGACGAGCAGGGUCUCUUCUGCCCUCCCUCCCUCCCUCCCUAUGCCUCGUCUCCACCCCUUCUGUUCCAAAGCGCCCAAUUCCCCUACCCCCCCCCCCCCCGUUCCUCUCUUCAGGGUCACAGCCAGUGCCUGAACCUGUUUCAUAUCGUAUGUUCGGGUGACUUCUCGGCCGAGGCCGGGAACCAGACUCCGUGCUGCGAGUCCUAGCUUUAGAAGCAGCCAAACCUCUGCUCAGCCCUAACUGUACACUCAGCCGCCGCCGCCGCCAUGACUGGAAUCGCCGACUACUGAAUCUCUGUGAGGAUUGCUGCUACUUCAAGUUCUCACACUUGAAAACAAGACGAUUUUCCUGGGAGAGGGGGGCGGGGUAGCAUCCAGAUAUUCAGAAUUUUGAACCCUUCUGAGAAAAGGCCUUCUAGUAAGUGACCAUAAGAAACACCGCUUCUCGAGGGUGGCGCGCGUGUGCGUGUGUGUGUGUGUGUGUGUGUGUGUGUGUGUGUGUGUGUGUGAGAGAGAGAGAGAGAGAGAGAGAGAGAGAGAGAGAGAGAGAGAGAGAGAGAGAGAGAGAGAGAGAUGGGUAACCCUCUCAGGAUUCCUAGCUUGAUUCGAAUUCCUGUCGCGUUUAUGUCGAGAAUGAGCCUCUGUACAGAAGGACAGAUGUGUGCACUCACCCUUGGUUACAGCAGUCUCCGUUUCAUUUCAGAGGAGAGAAUUAGACGAUCUGAAUAUAAACACAAUUUGAUGUUAAUUUAUUCUAAGUACUCUGGGAUUUUUGAUUGUCCUCGAGAAUUCUGCUCUGUGAAUAGCGUGGUUAAAAAAUUUUUUUUUAAUUUGUGGCAGGAUUGUAGCGGAUUAUUAUUUAAGGAAAAAUAAAUUACAUGAAUGCUUUAAGGUGGUGUUUUUAAAUAGCGGUUUUUGCGUACCCAGGAAGGCGUCAGCAGGUUUCUUAGCGGUGCUUACGAGAGAAGGGCACUUGGUGUUGUCUGUCAUGGGAGUAGAUGAAGCCAUAUACGUAAGCGGACACUGGAGCAGACAAACAUUUCCUGGUUACAAGAUGAGCCCAGGUUUCCGAACGUUCCUCAUCGGUAGGCUCGCUAUAUCCAUCUAUUUUCCUCCUGCCUAUCUUUUACCCACGCACGUCUUGCUGCUCAGUGUUACGAGUGCAAUGCCCGGUGCCCUGUGUAAUGAGGAACCAGAAUGGUUCUCUCUAGACCACUCAACAGUACCACGUAGCCCUCGGCCUAGGAACCUGGGAUCUGUAACUGCGUUUUCUUCUGUGUAAAAUAAAGAGAAACAACGCUUGGAACUUGAAGGCAGAAUGAGGUCAAACUGUGGAAAUGAAUUUCCGGCCACUAUAAUAUGUAAACCAGAGCUACUGAAGACCUAGAAAGGUUGACUUCUCUGUGGUUGGCCCCAAAAUGCACCAAAAAAUGUGGAGCCCACUGGGUUUUCCUAGAGCAGUGUUCCAGAAGGCAAAAGCCCAGAAGACAGAGAACCGGUACCUUUAUUCAACCUGGAUUCUGACAACGCCCUCCGCAAAGCACCAAAAAGAGGAGCAGAGAAUGCUGCGUACAUUUUCAGGGGUAUCAGGCUGCUUAGCAAAUUAUGGUUUUAUAGAAAUGUUUGUGCGAAGCACUUGCAAAGUCUCAAUGUCCUUGGAGACUGUUUUGUUAUUCUCUGGAAACAAGCUGUUGAAUGUGGUCAUGAAAACGCCGCUGUUACACUUACAUAACAUUCUGUGAAGCUUGAAAAGGCUGCAGCUGGCCUCCCUGCCAUUGUGUGGGGCCAGUAGUUCAGACACAGCAGACGUUGCCAGCAGCAGAGUCCAUGGAAUCCUGGGAAGGAGGACAAGAAGAUGAUCUCAAGGAGCAGAACACCCAAGUGAACAGGGUCAGCAUCACCAAUGAGAAACCAAAGCUCUGGGCUCCUGUUUCCCUGCAGCCCGCAGUUCCACAGUUACUCCUAGGAAACCGUGUUUCAUCCUAAAGAACUGCAUCAGAAUCAAGCUAAAUAUUUUGCCUGGGAAAUUUGUCUUGAUGUGAAUGGAGAAGAUAUUUAUAACCUAUAUUCUAGCACCUUCCAGAAGAUCAGAGUAGACACCCCAAUGUGCUGGCUUCAUCCAGAUGGGUCCCCUGAUGACAUCACUCUAGAAGCCACACGUGGUGAGAAACAUUUGAGAUUGUUUAGUGGUAGGGAGACAGGGUGGAUGAAUCUCAAAACUUGUAGCAGUAUUUUUAGUUCCUCCCACGAUCGUUGUUAUCUAAAUAUGCUUUGAGACUAGUGUUAGAGUCUCCCACAGGCUGUGCUCCUGGAGGAUCCAUCCCCGCCGCCAUCCUUAAACUCUUUCAUGCGGGGGCAGUGAGUAGCCUCAUCAUCCUCCCAAGGCAACCAAGACAGUAUCCACAGGGAAAAAAACUGUAAGAGCCCUGACCUAGCCUUACGGAGAUGCUUACCCUCAGCUCUCCCUGAGUUGUGUGUUUGUGUUUGUUCUUGCUGAAAGGGACUGAUGGUCACGUGGACUAGAUGAGCUCACAGUUACAUUUCAGGGAAACAAUUUAACCUUAACCAAAUCUGAAGAGCUGACCUAGAGAAGCACGCCCCGUUGGUUGCUGUGACUUGUCCCCAAGAGGUGGUCUCAGCCCUUGUCACUGUGGAACUAAGAAGACAAAGACUGCCAACCCUCCUGGUUCUUGGCCGUCAUCCUAGAGCAGAUCUUGUAAAGAUGGGAACAGCCUGGGGACAUCAAACCUCGGAGACUGAUAACUCUGGCUCUGUCACUAUCUUGAUCACUCUCCUGCCACUGGAGCAACCAAAGGGAUUGGUUGCGCUAAGCCAAGUCUCUCUGUAAAGUACCUUAGUCAAUCAGCAAUAUGGUUUUUUUUCUGUAAAUUUGGAAUGGUUUUCAUUCUGACUUGUUGUCAGGGACUCUACCGAAAAAACAGUUUGAUCAAUAUAAAAGCAGUCAAGCUAUGCAACACCA